AUGGCUGCCACGAGGAUGGACUGGAAGAUUAGAUUGUACGGGAUCGUGUGGUUGCUGUCUACCGUGUCGCUGCAAUGUCAGGCGACGAGUCACGAGAACACAGAAGGCGACGGGAACGCCGAGGACACGGUGUUGGACGAAACGACCGAGGACUACUGGGCCGGAAGCGGAUCCGGCCCCGAGGAGGACGACUCGCUUCACAACGAGACCAGAGAGGCGUUAACGCACGAGGCCAGCGACCACGACGCAGUGGUGUACGUCGGCGAAGGCGCAGCGUACGUGCCCGUUCCCUCGUUGAAAGGACGACCCCUCAGCCCGAACCUCCAAGCACUUCAAACACUUCAGGGUCUGCAGGGUCUCGCUGGAGGCGGUGGUACGGGCGUGGUUGGCGAUGAUGAGUGGAAGAGGCAUCCGGAGACCUGGGACCGUGAGCACAGGAGAUACAGACCUAACACGACCCGUGUACAGCACAUCGAGGCGGAGUGCCAAGACGACUACAUGAAGAUCAGGAUCGGCUUCAACGGUUCCUUCGCCGGUCUGCUCUACUCGGCAGGCUACUCCUACGAUCCGGACUGCAUGUACGUUAACGGGACGGGCCGCGAUUACUACGAGUUCUACAUUCAGUUGAAUCGUUGCGGCACCCUUGGCGAGAACACUCAUCAUCAGGACAGCAGAAAGAAUCCUACGAAAAACCUGAUGUGGAACACGGUCACGGUGCAAUACAACCCGUUGAUCGAGGAGGAGUUCGACGAACACUUCAAAGUGACCUGCGAGUACGGCUACGACUUCUGGAAGACCGUCACAUUUCCGUUUCUCGACGUCGAAGUGGCGACGGGAAAUCCCGUAGUGUUCACCCUGCAGCCACCGGAGUGCUACAUGGAAAUCAGAUACGGUUACGGGACCACUGGAACUAGAGUGGCUGGACCAGUUCGCGUCGGCGAUCCUCUGACUCUCAUUAUCUACAUGCGCAGCAAAUACGAUGGUUUCGACAUCGUCGUGAACGAUUGCUACGCGCACAACGGCGGCAACAAGCGGAUCCAGCUGAUCGAUCAGUACGGAUGUCCCGUGGAUGAUAAAUUGAUCAGUAGAUUCCGUGGAUCCUGGUCGGAGAGCGGCCUCUUCGAGACCCAAGUGUUCGCCUAUAUGAAGACGUUCAGGUUCACCGGCUCGCCGGCUUUGUACAUCGAGUGCGACGUCAGGAUGUGCCACGGGAGAUGUCCGAGCCAACCGUGCCACUGGAGGAACGCCAAGAACGUGGCGAAACGUUCCCUGCCAGAGAUCGGUGGUGGGCCAUCGACACCUGCGACCAGCCUGUCCGAGAACGUGAACCUUUUCCAGUCGUUGCGCGUUCUCCAGGAAGGCGAGGCUGAUACUGAAUUUUUCCAGAAUUCGACCACAGCUUAUCGAAGCGGGCCCAGUGAAUCAGCCCACGACAGAGUGUGCCUGAGAUCGACGGUUCUCAGCACAAUGAUAGGAAUUGCUUGCGGUUUCCUCUGCAUAAUGGCAGGAACGAUACUGGCCAUGUGCUCGCGAAUGCGACGACAGGCCAGGGAAAAGUUAUUAUCCGACAGCAUAAGUUACAUGACCCACAAGGGUAGAAUCAAUUAAGA